CUGUCGCUACGGUCGAAUUACGCUAAUUAUACAGUGCACUUUUGCAAAGCUGACGCCUCCUUUCCCCCUCCGAGUGCUUUCCACGGCACAGGGUAAAAGCAUCGCUACAAGCGCACUGCUUUACGUCAGGCACGUGAGAUAAAAACUGGGAAAUAGCAGAAUGUCUUUCCGUGAAAUUGUGCGGACGUCGACGACCUUUGGACUGGCGAAAAGAUUCCUGAAGAACCAGACCAAUUUACAUCUCCAUCCUGUGAGAGCCAUGUCGACCGAGGCGGGCAAUGUGAUAGCAGAGAGGGUUGGCAACAAAGGCGUCAUCACCCUGGACAGACCCAAGGCCCUGAAUGCCCUCUCCCUCAGCAUGAUCCGGCAGAUCUACCAAACCCUCAAGAAAUGGCAGGCAGAUCCUGGCAUGAAGAUGGUGAUCAUCAAGGCCGAUAAAGAUUCCAAAGCCUUCAGUGUUGGAGGGGAUGUCAAGGCUGUCGUCAAUGACCAGGACUCCAACCUCAGGGACAUCUUCUUCCGAGAGGUGUACAUCCUCAACAAUCUCAUUGCCAACUUGACGUUUCCCUAUGUUGCUCUCUUGGAUGGUGUCACAAUAGGAGGGGCGAUGGGCCUUUUUAUCCACGGCACCUUCCAAGUGGCGACGGAGAGGACCGUCUUUGCCAUGCCAGAGACUGCCAUAGGCUACUUCCCGGACGUCGGGAGCAGCUACGUUCUUCCCAGGCUACCGGGGAAGCUGGGCCUCUUCUUGGGGCUGACGGGGUGUCGGCUGGUCGGCUGGGAAGUUUUCAAGGGGCGCAUCGCCACGCACUUCUCCUCCUCCCAAAGGCUCGAGCAUGUUGAAGGCGACCUGAUGCGUAUGGCGAGCCCCAACAUUUCGGAUAUUGGCAAGAUCCUCCAAAAGAAUCAGGACCUGUGCGAGACAGAGUUCCGCAAGGAGCUUGACUUCGAGCAGCUGAUGGGCCGAAUCAACUCGGCCUUCAACGCCCCCAGUGUCGACGCAAUUGUAGAGAACCUCAGCAAGGAUGCCUCGGAAUGGGCCCAGGCACAAGCAAAGAUCCUCCGGAAGAUGUCUCCGCUGUCUCUGAAGGUGACCUUCCGAGCGUUUCAGGAGGGUCCCGGGCUCACGCUUCAGGACGCGCUAAAGAUGGAGUUUCGCCUUUGUCAGCACUUCAUGGAGGAUUCAGACUUCUAUGAAGGCGUCAGAGCAGUGCUCAUCGAUCGCUCGGGUGAGCCCAAGUGGAAUCCGGCAACACUUGCGGACGUCACGGAAGAAAAGGUGAACUCGUACUUCGCACCACUCCCAGCCGACAGGGAGCUGAGGCUGUGAGGUGGACGCUCGCAGCGAGCGGUACGUGCGGAGGGAACGCUGGAGAAGCCGCCCUCUGAAGACGCCGUGGUUGGUGUUGAGGUGCACGCCGCUCGAGCUGGCAAACGUGUCGAGUGACGGCUUGCGAGUUUUAGAACGCUGCCUAUGCCGUAUGGUUUGUGUUCUUCAGAUCCGCCUUCCUUGAGCCCAUAUGGUUUCUACCUGCAAAUUGUUUUUCCCAAGUGCUUCAUUAUGCAGCAUACCGUGCCGAGGCCGAAAUGUUAAUGAUGUAAGGGCAGGAACCAGAUCAAUCUGAAUUUUUAGAAAAAGGAUAUGUUCAGUGUUUAGUGUACCUGGUUUAGAAUGGCAAUUGGCUUAGGUUACAUUUGCUGCAUAUCUAGUGUUGGUAUUCAUUAUUUUUUUCUUACAAGGCCAAUCGUUAGUUGCAAGUUUUAUUUGCAAUGCAGAGCAUCAUGACCGCGGCACGUGUCUCACGCAAGGCAUCCCUUACUUCGUGCCAUGUUCUUCCAUAGCCAGCAAUAAGGUAGUAAAAAUAUAAGUAUACGGAGGCUUUGCCGAUGAUGAUGUCGCAACUAACUGCCCAGCAGGCUCUUUGGGCCGGUGUACAAAAGCUCUCACUUUAGCGCUGUUGCUAUAUGUGACGGCCAGAUUUGAGAUUAUCUGCGCCCCAAACCAGGUUCCAGUCAAGGUGGAGGUUACUAACAUGCUGGAAGCAUUUGCCCUGGGUAGCAACACCGGGGCAAAAUGGUGUUGCAAGCGCUCUAACAAUCACUCGGCAUCUUUUUUUCGGGCAUGGAAGAGUGUUAUGUAUAUGUGAGGAGUAAAAGGAGACCAAUGUAAUCUGUGGAAUUGAAAUGCAACUGUGCAAUAAGUUUUGGUUAACUCUCGGGAGCGAGUGAGGAACUCGCAAUGCCGUGCCUCCUGUAUUUUCUGUACAUAAAAAGUUGUCUGAUCUGCACUGAAUUUUUUUUUUAAAUGCAGGGGUAAAGGUGAUGAUGAUGCAGUUAAUGCAAAGGUGCAAGUGAGCUGGACAGGAAUAAUGAUAAAUAUUUUUUGGAGAUUUGUGUUUGCCUUUUGUCUCUCUUGUUCCCCUUCUCCAGGGAUAAUUAUCGUUGUAGCUACUUCCCCAGCAUGGCAUCGAAGUAAAGGUUAGGGGACAAUGGGGGUGGCUUACAAAAUGAUAUUUGAAACCUCUUUUCUCGACAAACGAGCACCGAGAUUCAGCGUGGCAUUUGUCGAGCAUGUCACCUACGAGGAAAUGCUCCCUCUCUAAAAGUGCCAUACUCGGUCCAAACGAAGCAAAUCGGGCGAAUGCCGCAGACCAGUCUCCAAGAUAAAUUUGUGCACGAAGAGCUCAUAUUUUUAAUAAAACACAUUUUUUCCUA